AUGGCGCUCCUCUUCCGCGCUCGAUCCGGCGAUAUGCGCGCCCUUCUGCGUAGAUCCUUCGCCUCUGCCGCCCCGCAAGACCUCGUCAUUAUCGGCGGUGGCCCGGGGGGAUACGCCGCCGCGAUCAAGGCCGCGCAACUCGGCCUCAAGGUCACCUGCGUCGAGAAGCGCGGCGCGCUCGGGGGCACCUGCCUUAACGUUGGAUGCAUUCCUAGCAAGGCCCUUCUGCACUCGUCGCAUCUGUUCGAGGAGGCAAAGAAUAGCUUUGGAAAGCACGGUAUCGACAUCAAUGGCGGCGUUGACAUCAACCUCCCAGCGAUGAUGAAGCACAAGAUGGACAGCGUCAACGGCUUGACAAAGGGCAUUGAGGGCCUUUUUAAGAAGAAUAAGGUCACCUAUGUCAGGGGAGCGGGCAAAUUGGGAGGGCCUGGCGAGGUCGCCGUCGAGUUGAUAGACGGCGGUCAGGAUAAGAUCCAGGCCAAAAACAUUAUGAUUGCGACAGGCUCCGAAGUCGCAAAGUUGCCCCCCGUCCCGGUUGAUGAAGAAGUCAUCGUUUCGUCCACCGGCGCCCUCAAGCUAGACAAGGUGCCGGAGAAGAUGAUUGUCAUUGGUGGCGGCGUCAUCGGAUUGGAGAUGGGGUCUGUGUGGCGGAGGCUCGGAUCACAGGUUACCGUCGUCGAAUUUCUCGAUCGCAUCGUUCCCGGUGUUGACAAGGAGAUCGCCGAUAGCUUUUUCCGCAUCCUGAAGAAGCAGAAAAUGAAAUUCAAGCUUGGCACCAAGGUCGUCGCGUCGCGCAAGGAGGGCGGCAAAGUUUUAUUGGAUAUCGAAGCCUCUAAGGGUGGAAAGGCGGACACCCUGGAAGCUGACGUCGUGCUCGUCGCCACGGGCCGUCGCCCGUUCACACAUGGGCUCGGUUUGGAGGAGGCUGGCGUGAAGAUGGACAAAAUGGGCCGCAUUGAUGUUGACGACAGCUUCCGCACAAGUGUCCCCAACGUAUAUGCCAUUGGCGACGUCAUCAAGGGACCUAUGCUUGCGCACAAGGCCGAGGAUGAAGGCCUCAUCUGCGCCGAAAUUAUCGCGGGCGUCGGCACUGGGCAUCUCGAUUACAACUGCGUCCCCGGCGUCAUUUACACGCACCCAGAGGUGGCCACCGUUGGGAAGACAGAAGAGGAGCUGAAGGAGGACGGCGUGGAGUAUUCGAAGGGAACGUUUCCCUUCAUGGCCAACUCGCGUGCGCGGACGAAUGACGUUGGCGGUGACUUUGCCCAGGGCAUGGUCAAGGUGCUGGCCGAUAAGAAGACGGACAAGCUACUCGGUAUGCACAUUGUCGGACCAAACGCUGGUGAGCUCAUCGCAGAGGGCGUGCUCGCGAUUGAGUAUGGAGCUAGCACGGAGGACAUCGCGCGCACAUGUCACGCGCACCCGACUUUGUCAGAGGCUACCCGGGAAGCAGCGAUGGCGACCCAUGGCAAGCCAAUUCAUUUUUAAGGUAACUGCUAGACUAAUCAUGACCUGGACCGAAUCCGAAUCCUUAAUAUUUUGCGUCAAACGUUUUUGAAAACUGCACGUUCCAGUUGAGCAACGGGACAGACGACAUUGGGUUUCUCGGCGAUUCUGUGCAAGAUUAGACUGAGAGGCGAUGUACAUUGGCGGUCGCGCGCUGGCGAACGAAGGUAGAACUCGGGAAUACUACAGCAGCAUGUGUUGAUAAAGUCGUGAUAAGGCGAUAUGCCAGG